AUGUAUCCAGUGCAUGCACCAAACGGUGUUUACCAGUCGCUCCCAGCUGGGGAGAUGGGCCUCUCAGACGCGACAUUUUGUUCAAGUGGGCUCGGCGACGGCGCUAUGAUAGAACCCGAGAAACCAGCCCUGUGCGAGGACGAGAACAGACACGAGGCCAGUGACCUCGAUAAUUCCGAUGGUGCGCUUAUCGACAGCAGAAAUGUUGAUUAUGAAAUACCUCGUUCGUCUAAGCGGCAGUCGUUCUUUCAGAAGCUCUUCGGACGCAAAGUGCCGUUAAAUAGCAGAGCCACUGCCACUGCUAGAGACAGCACGCUUUCGACAGAUGAGAGUCAGAAUAACAGCUCAUCCACUGUCCAGGACACAGACUAUAUUGCCCUGCUACGGGGAACGCAGAACGUAUUCGUCCACAUGCAGUACAUCUCCGGCGGAGCGAUUGUGCAUGACGUCUCGGGCCGGCAAAGAAUCCUCCAAGUGGAUGAGGUUGCCAAACUAUUCCUGCAGAUCAAGAAUGAGCUAUCAUCAACAGCCGUCUGGUCUCGCGCUCUAACAACACGACUGAGAGGAGAAGCCCUGCUCAAACAGGGCAACGCGCAGGGAGCAAUCAUAGAGCUCCACGACACGAUGAAGCUUCUAGCCGACACGCCAGGCCUCGACAUAGAGAAGCAAACGCGGGCAUCUAUCCUGCACUCCAUGGGCAAAGCAUAUCAGGCCCUUGACAUCCCCGCCGAAGCAGAAGCGUGCUACCUGGAAUCGUUGGGUCUCUACAAGCGUGUGCUCGGUCGCGACCAUCCCAAGAACUUUUCCGUCCUGCACGACCUCGGCAGUCUCUGCGAGAAAGACGGAUACGCCACCGAGGCCGCAGCGCUGUACGAGCGGUCCUUUGCAGGCCGACUCAGGACCCUGGGACACAACGCCCCAGAGACCCUAUGCAGCAUGCAGCGCUUAGCAUCUCUUAAAGUUCUGCUCGGCGAUCUUGAGUCCGCACUUUUACUGCUUGAGAAGGCCGUCCCGGCCCUCGACACGGUUUUCGGCAUCCAGAACGCCACAACCCUAAACGCAAUGAACAAGCUCUCUUCACUAUACCAAAAGCUCGGUCUAGAGAAUGAAUCACGCAUUAUAUGCAGCCGCACAAUCCCCCACUGCCGCGCUGUCUUUGGCCUCUCCGCCCAAAUCACUCGCGACGCCGUCCUGCGCUACAUCCAAAGUUCAGAUAACUUCGACUUUCCACCGGACAUCCAAGAUAUUAUCGACAGCUACAAGCGCUCCCGCGAUGUUGACUGCCUGCGCGUCAUUCACCGUCUCGGCCGUUCAUACAUGGACGCUGGGCUCAACCGUGACGCAGCAGCUCUCUUCGAAACGCUCGUCGAGGACUUUUUGGCGGUUAAGGGUCCCGAAGCAGCGGAGACAUUCGACGCACUGAGUGCGCUUUGCGUCUCUCGAGAACAUUUGGACUCCGUGGACAAAGCGAUGCUGGCAUACAGACAGCUUGUGCAUAUGGCGAAGCGGACACAAGAUGGGCAUCAAUCACGGAAAAGGAUCGCGUACGCGGAGAAACGUAUCUGUGAGCUAAACCGGCGUCGGGAGACCCUGGAAGCUGAGAGGAGGGAGUGGGGGCUUAAAGAGCCGGGGCCUUGUCAGCGUUGUGGUGCUCUAACCAGGAUGUUUUGCAGCACGACACCUGCGCAAAGCAGUGCCAUCUUUCCCACAGACCCGCGCAACUUCGCGACGUUUCGAAUGAAGCUGAAUACUAAAGUCAACACGGUUGUGCUGUUCUCGCUCGAUUCGGAUGUUGAGUAUGCGGUCGUUGCCAAUAACUCUUUGCCCAGAACAGCAGUUGGCGGUCCAGAAGCAGCAGCAGAACAAUCAAAAGGGCGGAUUUCAUUUUCGAGACCGACGACUUCGAGCAGGAGGAAUGUUUCAAUGGCAGGAGCAGGGAACGCUGUUCCGUCACAGACGACUAUAUCUGCACAGAAACCAGAAGUCCCGCAAUCACAAGAGCAGCAACAGCAACAUCAACAAGAAAUCAUCUGGCAGACUCCACAAACUCAAGAUUCAAUAUCAUACACUCCCAUCCCAAAUCCAAAACUAAACCAACACCAACCCAUGACAGAAAACGUCACUCGGAACCAGGCCCCCGAAGAAAAAUACCUCCUCGUCAAGCCUGGGAAAGAGAUGCACAAGUCCCUCCUUGAUAAGCGGCUUAGUGUGCGCGCGUCUUCAUUCCCAUCCCCUCCUUCUUUUUCCCCUUCAGUGGAUCCAAUCGAGAGCCAGAGUUAUACUCCAAGCAAAGAACUCAUCGAGUAUGCGCAGGGUCUACUGUUGACAGGGUACCUGGGGGAGGCGUUUAUGUACGUCAUUGAGUGGGUUUGGAGGUGCUGGGGUCAUAUAUGUCGUGACAAGUUGAUUGCAUGA